AUGGCACCCAAUAGAAACACGAACGCAGAUGUGUGCGUUGAGGACGUGUGCAGCAGUCUUUCACUCGACAGCUACGACGUUGGUGCUGUCCUGAGUCCCUGUAGUAACAAACACAAUUUGGAAGACGUUGUCAUUUUCUUUGAUUGGGAUGACACUCUGAUGGCGUCAUCGGCUAUUGCUAAGCUUGGUCUCUGUCCCAAGUACAUUAAUGAAGAGCCAGAGAUUCCGGAUGACGUGCAAGCUGAGCUCAAGGAGUUGGAGGAGUCGGUCGUGCAACUGUUAGAGUCAGCACUGUCUUAUGGACGUGUGGUCAUUGUGACGGCAGCUGAGACCGGCUGGGUUGAGCUGUCGGCGUCGCUAUUCAUGCCAAGCGUUGUGCCAUUUUUCAACUCACGGAUUAAAGUCAUCUCGGCACGUUCCACGUACGAGUACUUGUAUCCAGACUGCCCACGUCGAUGGAAAGUGGAGGCUUUUAACAACGAGGUUUUUCCAAUGUGGGAGUCGUACAGUGAGGAAAACUCGGCGGGUAUGCCGCGACAUGUUAUCUCGCUUGGAGAUGGCCCUACGGAGCGCGAGGCACUGAUCAACGUCAAAAUGCAGGCAAUUGAUGCGUGCCAUGGCAAGUCUAUGAAAUUUGUAGCCUACCCGAAGAUCCGAGAGCUGCAACUGGAGGUGGAGCUGAUCCUUGCUAAUAUGGAGCACCUGUGUACGCACGAGGGGGACCUCGAUCUGCAAAUUACAUGGGAGAUGCUCAAUGGUAGCGCAUAA